AUGGCGGACACGGAGAACACCACCACCGAGGAAAACUUGCUUCUGCCUGUAGACAGAGUCGAGAAAGCGACAUGGAGAGAUCUAAGAGACGGGUCAUUCACACACGAACUCAAGCGUCUUAUCUGUUUCGCAGCUCCAAUGGCUGCAGUGGUUAUAGCUCAAUAUAUGUGGCAGAUCAUCUCAAUGGUAAUGGUGGGUCACCUCGGAAAACUCUCACUCGCUGGUACAGCUCUCGCUUCCUGCUUCUGCAAUGUCACUGGCUUCAGCUUCAUCAUAGGAUUGUCAGGUGGGUUAGAUACUCUGAGUGGUCAAGCUUAUGGAGCUAAACAAUAUCGGAAACUAGGUGUUCAGACAUAUACAGCUAUGUUCUGUCUUGCUUUAGUGUGUCUCCCUCUCUCUCUUAUUUGGUUUAACAUGGGAAAGCUUCUUGUUUUGCUUGGUCAAGACCCUUCUAUUGCGUACAGAGCCGGGAAUUAUGCUUCUUGGCUCAUCCCUGGACUCUUCUCUUACGCUAUUAUAAUGCCACUCACUCGUUACUUCCAAAACCAGAGCUUACUUAGACCUCUACUCAUGGCCUCUUCUUUUAUAUUCUGUCUCCAUAUUCCUCUCUCUUGGCUUUUGGUUUACAAGUCAGGUCUUGGUUAUAUUGGAGGAGCAUUGGCUCUUAGUUUGUCAAACUGGCUCUAUGCUAUUCUUCUUGNAUCUUUCAUGUUGUUCUCCUCUGCUUGUUCUGAGACACGCGCGCCUCUCUCCAUGGAGAUAUUCGAUGGAGUUNGANAGUUCUUUAGAUACGCUCUUCCUUCCGCGGCUAUGGUUUGCCUAGAGUGGUGGUCUUAUGAGUUUCUAAUAUUACUCUCUGGUCUCUUACCCAAUCCAGAACUGGAGACUUCUGUGCUCUCUGUCUGUCUCCAAACAAUCGCGACAAUCUAUUCGAUACCGCUUGCGAUCAGUGCUGCUGCAAGCACAAGAAUCUCCAAUGAAUUAGGAGCUGGAAACUCUCGAGCAGCACAUAUCGUGGUCUACGCAGCAAUGUCUCUUGCAUUAAUGGAUGGAUUGAUAGUGAGUACGUCUUUAUUAGUCGGCAGGAAUGUAUUGGGCCUCAUUUUCAGCAGUGACAAGGAAACCGUCGACUAUGUUGCUAAGAUGGCUCCAUUGGUCUCUAUUUCUCUCAUACUGAGCAGUUUACAAGGAGUUUUGUCAGGUAUUGCAAGAGGAUGUGGAUGGCAACAUAUAGGGGCUUACAUCAAUUUAGGAGCUUUCUAUCUCUGGGGNAUACCAAUUGCAGCAACUUUAGCCUUCUGGGUUCAUCUGGGAGGUGUUGGCCUUUGGACCGGUAUAAUAGCAGGUGCCGUUCUGCAAACUCUUCUGCUCGGUAUUGUCACGGCCUGCACAAACUGGGAAAACCAGAAGUGCCUUGGACGGAAAAUGAUGCAAAAGGAGCCUUUUAUGUGCACUACAACAAAGAGUAAUGAUCAAAUUCAGCGAUCUGCGAGCUUUGAUCAAGACGCGGUGUUGAUGGAGUGA